AUGGCGCAGACGCGGCCGAAGGACGCGUUGGAUGGUUUGGGCAAAGGGCUGAAGACCGCAGGGACGGGCCUUGCCGCCGGCGUGGGCAGCGUAGUGGCCUCCACCGUCUCAGGGUACUCCGGAGGCGGCGGCGCGCUGGGCUUGCUGAAGGGCCUCGGCACGGGCAUCGUCGGCGGCGCGGCGAUCGCCGUGGGCGGCGCGGCUGCCGGCGUGGCCCAGAUCACCCGCGGCAUCGUGAACACCCCGGAUGCGAUGAGGGGCCGGAGGGAGCACCGCGUCUGGGACCAGGAGCUCGGCCAGUGGGUCGACAUCGACCUCUGCGCCCUGGAGCAGCAGGCGGCCGACGAGGGGUCCGACGACGAGGCGGGCGCCGCGGGCGCCUGCGGGAGCACGGCCAGCGCCAAGGUGAAGGAGACGGAGUACUACGACCUGCUGAACGUGCCCACGGGGGCCUCGGCCUCGGAGCUGAAGAAGGCCUACUACCGAGAAGCGCGCCAGUGUCAUCCAGACAAGUGCCCAGGCGACGCCGAGGCAAAUGCCAAGUUCCAGAAGCUGGCAGACGCCUACCAGGUGCUCUCGGACCCGCAGCUGCGGCGGAAGUACGACAGCGAGGGGAAGGAGGGCAUGAAGGAGGGCUCCCACAGCAUCGACCCCGCGGUCUUCUUCAGCCUGCUCUUCGGCUCGGAGCGCUUCGAUCCCUGGCUGGGGGAGCUGCAGCUGGCGAUGCAGACGGACCAGCUCGCGAAGUCGAUGAGGCAGGACGCCGGCGAGGCCGAUUGGGUCAACCUGCCGUCUGGGGACGACCUCACGGCCGAGUCCGAG